AUGAAAAUCUUCAGCAUCGCAGCUCUCUUUGUCGCUCUUUCUGCUUCGGCUUCAGCAUUCUCGGUCGAGCAAUCCAGAAGACAGGCAAUCCAAGCUGUCGUCGGAGGGAUGGCCUCGGUUAUCGCACCAAGUGUUAUUUCUGUGCUUCCUGCCAACGCAGUUGUCAGUGAAGAGACUCCAAGAGUUGUCACUCGAAUGGGUGGUCUAUUGGAAUCAUACCAAGAUGGACUCCGAUCAAUUAAAAUCAUGGUUCCUUCCGGGUGGAACAAGUUUGAGGGUGAAGUCGGUGCCUAUGAUAUCAAGUGGCAAGAUUUGGUCGAUGCCAGCGAAAACAUCAAGAUUUCUUCGAACCCUGUCAAGUCCACAACGGUCUCUAUUGAUACUUUGGGCGAUGUUCAAUCUGUUGGAGAAUCACUAGCCGCUAAAAGAAAUGCUAAGCUUAUCUCUGCCACCGAAAGAUUGACCGACGGCAUUCUAUUUUACAAGUUCGAUUUCGCAAUUAAUGAUGGAACCCACCAACUGCUUCAGUUGUGUGUCUGCAAGGGAAAGGUUUGGAGUAUUGACGCCAGCGCGAAGGAGAAGCGCUGGGGCAAGAGAUCAGAGCUAUAUGAAAAUGUUUUGGGAAGUUUCAUGCCAAAGCUUGCAUAA